UUUAAAUUUAAGGUCCACAAGCUUCAGUAGACAAAUCAUCAUGGAAUCACCUAGCACCCCCUUCCUGCCCAAAAACAAGGAAGCUAAAUCUCCAACAGAAGAAGGCUAUUCCUAUCAGGAGCACACACUCAAUUCCAAACCAACGCCCAGGCAUCGACAACCCAUAUAUCUCACCACAUUCCAUGUAUUAAUAUACCUGCUUGCGACAUGGGGAUUUGUUUCACUCAUCUCCUUCAUCAUACUUCCAUUUCCAUCGCCUCAAGCAACCAUUCCCGACGUUUAUCGCCCUGAAACCCUGCCUCCCGACCUACCCAUCUGCGAUUGCGGGUCUACAAUCAAGGAGGCCGUUCAUCGCAACUGUACAUACGACUCCCUCGCCACAGCCUGGCUCCCACCCCACUGCCAUGACGCCGAGUUAACUGCCCGCUUCGAUCGUUCCGGGCCCGGGCCCAAUGGCGAAUGGAGCUACUACCUCGAUGAAUACGGCACUGUGCCCAUCACCAACGAUGAGAUCGCACAAUUGGCGGAAACAGGAGGCUCCUUCUGGUCAACACGGGAAUGGCACAUCGCGCAUUGCGUCUUCUAUUGGCAGAAGUAUCGUCGGAUGGGGAAGACCGGGGUGGUUAUGGAGGAGAGGUUCGGGAGUUUGAGUCAUGUGGAGCAUUGCUCCAGACUUAUCAUGAGUCCGGUGCCGGAUUAUUUCUUCUUGCUUUCGGUUCCCGUGGUGCUGAAUUCGAGUGUAGGGGUUCAGCAGAUGCCGUCGAGAUUGUCUAGGCCUGGUGGUGGUGAUGGUGGUCAUAACGCAUGAUCUAUUAUUGCAUGAUGGCGUACUUAUAUGUGGAGAGAGGAAUGUUCGACGUAUUAGAACACAUCAUGCUGAAGCAAAUGUCCAAUGUAUUCACGCAGCAGCCUACCAUUUCAAGGGAAACUGUGAGACUGUACUGCAAACAGCCAUAUCAUCUGCAAUUCAUACAUUAAGGAGCUAGUCUACGUCUGUCGACAUGAAAUGGACGUCUGCAGGCAAUCUAGCCUCCAAACGUGC